AGUCGAAUGCUCGGUCGAGUCCAAUCUACAGCCAGGGGGGAGGUAACAGUUUGAAUGUCUUAAUGUAAAAUGAUUCCUCGGCUCCUAUUAGAUGUUUUUAUUUGACGUACCAUUCGCAAGGACGGGAUUGCAAAGGGGUAAGCGAUGUUGAACGCCGAAGGUGCUCACAGUCCAGAUCAGCUGAAUAAAUUCCAGAAGCUGACAGGCAGGCCGCCGCACGGUGUGACGUUAGCAGGGCAUCGUACACCUCCUGCCCGCAGCGGGCAUCGCUGUGUCGCUGACCACACAAACCUGUACGUGUUUGGUGGGUACAACCCUGACUACGAUGAGUCGGGAGGCUCAGAGAAUGAAGACUAUCCGCUGUUCAGGGAGCUUUGGAGGUAUCAUUUUGCCACAGGCUGCUGGCAGCAGAUCCGAACAGAGGGCUACAUGCCCACAGAACUGGCAUCUAUGUCAGCUGUUCUACAUGGUAAUAACCUCCUGGUGUUUGGUGGCACUGGGAUCCCCUUUGGUGAAAAUAACGGCAACGAUGUUCACGUUUGUAACGUGAAGUACAAGCGAUGGUCGCUGCUCAACUGUCGAGGGAAGAAGCCCAAUAGAAUCUAUGGACAGGCAAUGGUCAUUAUAAACGGCUUCCUGUACGUGUUUGGAGGGACGACAGGUUACAUAUACAGUACAGAUCUACACAGGCUGGACCUGACCACGAGAGAGUGGAUCCACCUUAAGCCCAACAACCCUCCUGAUGACCUGCCUGAGGAACGGUAUAGGCAUGAAAUAGCACAUGAUGGACAGAGAAUCUAUAUUCUGGGAGGAGGAACUUCCUGGACAUCAUAUCCCUUGGAUAAGAUACAUGCUUACAAUCUGGAAACCAAUUCCUGGGAGGAGAUUACAACUAAACCUCAUGAAAAAAUAGGGUAUCCUGCUCCUCGAAGGUGCCAUAGCUGUGUACAGAUACGCAACGAUGUAUUUAUCUGUGGAGGCUACAAUGGGGAAUUGAUAUUAGCAGAUCUGUGGAAGAUCAACCUUCAGACUUUCCAGUGGAGCAAGCUACCAGCAGUGAUGCCCGAGCCAGCCUACUUUCACUGUGCUGCUGUUACCCCAGCUGGCUGCAUGUACAUCCAUGGUGGUGUGGUGAACAUCCAUGAGAACAAGAGAACUGGCUCUCUGUUCAAGAUCUGGCUGACUGUGCCCAGCCUGUUGGAGCUAUGCUGGGAGAAGCUCCUCAAGGCCUUUCCCCACCUUUCUUCACUCCCCACCAUGCAGCUGCUAAACCUGGGCCUCACACAGGAACUCAUUGAACGUUUGAAAUAGACGUAGCGGAGCACGAACAAGUGAAUGGAAGGGCUCGGGCUGGACAGCAAAGAGACGGGCUCUAACAGAGUACAAAAUUCAGUUCACAGGAAGUCUUAGGGUGACCCAAUCCCCUGCUCCGCCCGGCCUCCGCCUAACGUAGCCUCGCCUUAAAACCAAAAACAAUGGGAUGCCUUUUUGUUUUGUUUUUUUCUUCCGAUAUUUUUUUUUUUUGUAGUUACAGUGAAGAACAAAGUAUAUGUGGAAUGUUUUAUGGAUUUUACUCAAGACCCUGUGCCCCCCACUGUUCCUUGCAUUUGUGUCAAACUAAUACAGAUUCUUGGUUUUCAUCCUCCAAACUGUGACAGCUGGAAACUGUUUAUUUCGCCUUGUCAUGAAGUCAAACACUGUCUACUUCCAUCUUUUUGAAAUCUGCGGUCUCUGGUAAUUCUAAGCGUGUGAAAGAAAAAUGCAUGUGUAUUAAGACUGAAUCACUUUUUAUGAGGGGGAGGGCGGUAGCUUCGUGAACUGACAUUGCAGUUUGCACAUUUUGUCUUAUACGUUUGUGGACUUUUUUUUUAAUAGAUCCUCCAAGCAGAGGCGAUAAAACAGUGGCAGAAUGUGGUUUGUUAAAGAACCAUGGCAGUGUUUUUUUUUGCACAUUUUAGCCAAUUUAUUACAAUCUCUAUAUAAUAAUAAUAUAUACAAUUUUCAUUUCUACUGACCUGUUGUAGAGUUUUAGAUUGUGAAUGUUUUUGUGACUUCUAGAGGGUAAUUUUUAUUUCACUUUGCUCUCUUAAGGUGUGAAAAUGAAUAUUGGCUUGAAAGCUAAUUGAGCAGCCCACAGUAACGUUUCUCAGCUUUUAUUGUCAAAGUGUAUCAUUGCACAAUUUUGGCAGACAUGGUGUUGACUGUAAGCAACCUUAAGUUUCCUGUUUCUCUAAAUUAUUUUUAUAAAAACACACGCCAUCUGCCUGGAAAAACAUUAAAAACCUAAAAAUCUAAUUAUUGCAUGCUUUUAAAAGAGUCAUGUUAUUUGUAGUGAAUUGCCUAAAACAUGCAGAAACACUGUGCUGUUCAUUAGCAUGUGAGGAAGUUUGAAUGCUGGCUUUGCCUGUGUCUGGACCGUUGUAGUUCCUGUGUUGUCCAUUAUACAUUAUGUUGCAGCCUAGUCUGGAGAAUCGUCUGAUGCAAAGGUUGAAGCAAGGUGGGUGUCUUUAAAAUAAUUUAUUUUUCCAUUGUGUUUGCUUGCAGCUUUCAUUUGUAAACCAAACCAUGCUACACAUCACUGUGAAUUUGGUGCUUUAAAAAUAUUUAAAAUGCUUAUAUUUGAAUAAAGACUUAAUUCUGUUUAAAAUUUUACUCCCUCUUUGUUUAAGACGUGUUUCACAGGGAGUUGCUUAAGUAGCGGUCUUAUAUGAAAACCUGUUUAAACUGCAGUGCCUUUUUUUUUUUUUUUUUUCCCCAAACUGGUAACAAGGUUUCACAAACAGAGGCAGAUUAUUUGCAUGUUUAGACAAAAUUCAUAGAUUUAGAAUAAGUUUUAAAAGUUAAAUUACUUUUAGUGACACGCUGCUGGCCAAGAUUUUAAUUUUAGAUCUUGAAAUCUUCAGUGUUUAGAUGGAUGUUCAUGUUUUAACUGAUGCCAAAUAAUUUUUCACCUUCAGAGUGGAAAGAGGUCAAAUUUUUAAUUGGGAUGGGAUGCUGCCAGAUGGUUUGGUCACAUGUGCAUGAACCUGCCUGCACAAUUUAUUUUGUUGCUUUUUCUGCUUGUCUUUUUAAAUUACUGGUGCAUGAGGUCAUUACCUGCUUUUUCAUUAACAUCAAAUCUUUACUUUGGGACACAGUUUUACAGAUGACCCUGGAAAUGUUGUACAGUGGGUGUGUAUGAGUGUUAAGAGUUCUCUAAAUAAAGGUGUUCUGUAAAGAGUUCCCUGUUCCCCCCCGUUUGCUUUACUAAUGCUUAGCAUGAUGCACACCAGAAUUAAAGCCCGAUUCCUUUUCUGCUCUAGUU